AUGGCACCCAUCAAGAACAAGAAGACGCGCACUGGCGCCGAUCGCGUCGACCCGAAGCAUAUGACCUUCGAAGAGAGGUUCGCGGCGGUCACUGGCAUGGCCCCCGAGCCAAAGAUCCUCACCGACAAACCCUUUUCGAAGCGCCCUGGCUUUGCGAGUGUGAGGGAGUCUGCCCUCUGCUCCCUCGUGAGCCCCGAGAACUCGACUCUGGCCCGUUUCCUGCGCGAGGAGGAGAAGGCCAUGGACAACCUGACCGGUGUCCUGCGUCGCAUCGACGAGCUCGAGGCCAAGGUCGAGCGCCUCUCCGACCCCGCCUCCUCCGCAGACCUUCUCACCACAGAGAUGGCUGCUGCGUCGCCCGCGCGCUUUGAGAAGCUGUGGAAGAUGGCCAAGUCUGCCAAGGCCGGUCAGGAGGCCUUGAACAACCACGUGACGGCUUGGACCCAGUGGGCACAACAGCAGAUCAUCCAGCUCGACGACAAUGUCAAUACGGUGGACAAGCACUUUGUGAAGAGCUCGGACAACGACGAGUUCAAGACUGAGACCAGCAACAAGGUCAAGUCCCUGCUGAAGCAGCUCGAGCAGCACAAGGGCGCAUCGCACAAAGAGAUCACAGGGCUCAAGAAGAACAUCACGGGCGAGCUGGAGGCACUCAAAGCCAUGGUGGAGAAGUCCAAGGCCGAGGGCCAAGCCUCAGCAAAGGCCGAGGAGGUCCAGGGGCUCAAGGACAAGUCUGAGGAGCACGGCGGGUACAUCAGCAACCAGGGCGAAGAACUCAAGAAGCUCAAGGAGGAGAACCAGGCGCAGGCUACUCUGAUUGCCCAGCAGGGCGAGAAGCUUGCCGAGCAGGAGAAGCAGAUUGCGGACCUGAACGCCGGACAAAAGGUCCAGGACGCCGAGCACGAGAAGCUCAAGCAAUUUGUCCUGAGCCUUGCUGCCCACACCGGCUUUCAGAACAACAGCCAGCAGUUCCCUGGUCCUGGCCCCGGCCCUGGCCACCAGCAACAGCAACAACAGCCUCCUCCUCAGCCUGGCCCCUCCAACCAAGCUCAAGGACCCCAGGGAAAUGGAGCCUGGACACCACCACCAGGCCAAGGCUCUCAGCCAGCUGAUGAUGUGGACAUGGAGGGGUCCGAAAACCCUGUCGAGGACGACUCCCCGAUGAGGGAUGCGCCGCAGGAGCCUCAGCUGCCUCACGGGCAACUCCAUCUGCCUGAGCCUCCCCAGCCUCGACCCAUUCACCCCCAGUUCCAGCAGCCUCCACCUCACCAGGCUCCAUCUCCACAGCCCCAGUUCGCACCUCAGCCGCCGCAGCCAAGCAGCGCAGGGCUCGAUGACAUCGCAAUGGGUGAUGAAGGACCAGUUGUCUCGGGCAACAACGCCAACGCGGGAGCGACACCAACCACCGCUCCUCCAGCUGAGGCGCCCCUCUUCAAUUUCGACCAGCCAACUUUUAACAACCCGAACUCAUUUUCCUUUAAUGGCACUGCCCCCGCUGUGAACCAGCCGCAGGUCAACUGGGGGGCUACGAUGGGACCCCUGAGCUUCGGUCCUCCACCUCAGCUCGCUGCCGAUGACGAUGAGCGGCCACACCCUUCCAUGGCCAACAUGACUCUGGCCCCAGCUGCACUGCCCUCUCCUCCACCAAGCCAGCCUUCCCCCACUCAUGCUGGCGCUUUCGGUCCUGCAGCUGGCCAGCCUGUUCCAUUCCCGGCUGCCACCUUCAACCACCCAACAGGUCAGCCUGCUGCCGAUAUGAGGUCACCUGUAAAUAAUGGUGCCUCUCCUGCCACCAACAUCAACGGUGGCCCAGCCUCUCAUGCUCCGCGCCCACCAUCCCCUGAACUCGGUUCACCCGCUGUGACCGCCAGACUCAACGGUUUCCCAGCCUCAGAUGCUCCCCGCCCGGCCGGACACACCGGCGGCCGACCAUCAUCCCCUGAACUCGGCUCAGCCUCUGCCGCCGCCCAGCCCUGGAGACCCACGAUCAAACCCAAGGGGGCCCAGAAGAAGAAGGCCAGCAUCUUCAUGCAGAAGAAGCCGGCAGCAAACCCCGGCAGCCCAGCCUCGGUAACAAGCAAGGCCCAGACGAUCGAGAGCCAUGCCGCCUCGUGGGCCAAGAAGAAGCAGGAAGCCUUCCGUGCUGGGAAGCUGCCCGAGUCUGAGCAGGCAUCCUCACCCCGGGCACCAGAGGCGCCGAUGACACCAGCCGACGACGAAUCCGCAGAAUGGAUCAAGGAGCUCGCCGGCGAGGCCUCAGAACGGAUGAAGGAGCUCCGGUCAAGGGCCAACCCGUCGCCCUUCGCGGCCAAGCCCAAGCCCACCACCAACAAGCCAACCACCUCAGCAUACGGGACCAGCUCCUCUGCCACGCAUGACACCGUCGAGUCGGAGGACCCGGGCAACAUCUUCCUCAGGGACAUGGCCGAGGAGCCCAAGCCACAGCCACAGCCCAAGCCAGAGCCCACGCACGUCCACGAGCCCGAGCUGAACCCCCGCAAACACACCAGCCAGCAGCACCGCGCCGCCCCGUCCGUCGAGGUCGAGGAUGACUCCCCGAUGGACAACGGCCGCAGGACGCUGAAGCCCAAGGGCCGCGCCGGCAAGAUGUCGCCCGGCAAGGCCAAGGAGAUGAUCGAGGACCAGCACGUCGACCAGGCGUUCGCCAUGUGGGACUUUGCAAAGGCAGCCACCCCGCCCAAGUCUCCCGCCUCUGACGCCUCCGGCAGCGGCUCCUCCCCAUCCUCCUCCAAGAUGACAAGCGGGCUGGUCCAGGAGCGCGCAUCUCAGGAUGACGCCGCCGCCUCCUCGGACGACAACGGCGAGCACGCCCAGAAGGUGAUGCGGGUCACGCGGCCGGACGAGCCCCGCCUGACCGCCAAGCCGCGCAGCCUCAUGAAGCGCAUGACCAAGGACCAGAUCGAGGGCCACCGGGAGGUGGAGGCGCAGAUCGUGGCGGACGAGGCGGACGAGCGGCGGCGCCUGAAGGCGGCCAAGGACAAGAUCGAGAAGGCCCUCGCGGCACAGGACGACGUCGUCGACUACGGCGACCCCUCGGACGCGAACGACGAGGACACGCACAUCACCGUGGUGCUGUCCCCCACCGAGCCCACCAAGCCCGCCAAGGCCACCAGGUACUCGACCGUCAUGUUCCUCGACUGGGAGCAGAGGAUCCGCAGCAGCACGCGCAACUUUGCCAAGAUCACGCUGCAGGGCCGGGGCGGCGACGCCGUCACGCGGCGGUGGGCCGAGGCGCUCGACCACUUCGACACGGAGGUGUGGCCGCUCGACAAGCUCAUCCCGUGGGCGGGCUACGACUACGACGCGGACGGGUACACCGCCGCGCAGAUGACCAACAUCAUGAGCUACUGGGCGCAGGAGGUGUUCGUCACGGCGCUGGAGAAGGUCGUCGAGAGCUUCAAGAAGGGCCCGAGCCCGGCCCUGGAUGAGGAGAAGGGCGACAUGAUCCACAAUAAGAUCCUGGAGCAUGGGAAGAAGUACCUCCGGGAGCACGCCCCUGAUGUCGUCUAG